AUGUCUCCACUUCUAAGAAGCAUCUGCGACGUCACUGAAAUUUUCAAUCAAUAUGUCUCACAUGAUUGUGAUGGAGCAGCAUUAACUAAGAAAGACCUGAAGAACCUCCUUGAAAGGGAAUUUGGAGCUGUGCUUCGGAGACCACAUGACCCCAAGACGGUAGAUCUGAUCCUGGAACUUCUGGAUCGUGACUGUAAUGGGCGUGUCGAUUUCAACGAAUUCCUCCUAUUUAUUUUCAAAGUGGCUCAAGCUUGUUACUAUGCUCUUGGCCAGGCCACGGGACUGGAUGAGGAGAAGCGAGCCCAGUGUGACGGAAAGGAGAGCCUGUUACAAGAUCGCAGGCAAGAAGAAGACCAAAGGAGGUUCGAGCCCCGGGACAGACAACUGGAAGAAGAACCUGGGCAACGGCGCAGGCAGAAGAGGCAGGAACAGGAGAGGGAGCUCGCCGAGACAGAGGAGCAAAGUGAGAAACAACAGCGACUUGAGCAGCGCGACAGGCAGCGCCGCGACAAGGAGCUGUGGCUGCAAAGGCGAGAACGGCAAGAACAGGAAGAGCGCCGUGCAGAGGAAGAGCAGCUGCAGAGGCGCAAGGGUCACGAAACUGAGAAGUUUCCAGACGAAGAGCAACAGCGAAGGCGGGAGCUGCAGGAGCUGAGGAGGGAGCGCCACGAGAAGCAGCAGCAAAGGCGAGAGCGGCAAGAAAGAGUGCUCCAGGAGGAAGAAGAGAAAGAGUGGAGGAAGCGCGAGAGAGUGCUCCGGAAGGAAGAAGAGAAGCUGCAGGAAGAGGAGCCGCAGCGGCAAAGAGAGCUCCAGGAGGAAGACGAGCAGCUACAGAAGCUGGAGCGGCAAGAGCUGAAGAGGGAGCGACAGGAGGAAGAGCAGCAGCAGCAAAGGCUGAGGCGCGAGCAGCAACUAAGGCGCGAGCAGGAGAAGAGGCGCGAGCAGCAGGAGGAGAGGCGCGAGCAGCAGGAGGAGAAGCGCGAGCAGCAGCUCAGGAGCGAGCAGUUGGAGAAGAGGCGCGAGCAGCAGCUGAGGCGCGAGCAGGAGGAGGAGAGGCUCGAGCAGCAGCUGAGGCGAGAGGAGGAGGAGGAGAGGCACAAGCAGGAGAGGCGCGCGCGGCUGAAGCGCGAGCAGGAGGAGAGGCGCGAUUGGCUGAAUCGCGAGGAGGAGGAGAGGCGCGAGCAGGAGGAGAGGCGCGAGCAGCGGCUGAAGCGCCAGGAGGAGGAAGAGAGGCUCGAGCAGCGGUUGAGGCGCGAGCAACUAAGACGCGAGCAGGAGAGGCGUGAGCAGGAGAAAGAGAGGCGUGAGCAGGAGAAAGAGAGGCGUGAGCAGGAGAAAGAGAGGCGUGAGCAGCUGCUGAAGCGCGAGGAGGAGGAGCGGCUCCAGCAGGAGGAGAGCCGCGAUCAGCGGCUGAAGCGCGAGGAGGAGAGGCGCGAGCAGCGGCUGAAGCGCGAGCAGGAAGAGAGGCUCGAGCAGCGACUGAAGCGCGAGCAGGAAGAGAGGCUCGAGCAGCGACUGAAGCGCGAGGAGGAGGAGAGACUCGAGCAGGAGGAGAGGCGCGAGCUGCGGCUGAAGCGCGAGGAGCGGGAGGAGAGGCGCCAGCAGCAACUAAGGCGCGAGCAGCAGGAAAGGCGCGAGCAGCGGCUGAAGCGCGAGGAGGAGGAAGAGAGGCGCAAGCAAGAGCUGGCUGAGGAGAAGCAGGAACAGGCCCGGGAGCGGAUUAAGAGCCGCACCCCGAAGUGGCAGUGGCAGCUAGAAAGCGAGGCCGACGCACGGCAAAGCAAAGUCUACUCGAGGCCCCGCAAGCAGGAAGGGCAGAGGCGCUGCCAAGAGCAGGAGGAGAAGAGGCGGCACCGGGAGCGUGAGCUGCAAUGGCAGGAGGAGGAACGGGCUCACCCGCAGCAGCAGGAAGAGGAGCAGCGCCGGGAUUUCACAUGGCAGUGGCAGGCGGAGGAAGAGAGCGAGAGGGGCCGUCAGAGGCUGUCCGCCAGGCCCCCAUUGCGCGAGCAGCGGGAGAGGCAGCUCAGGGCCGAGGAGCGCGAGCAGCGGGAACAACGGUUUCUCCAGGAGGAGGAGGAGAAGGAGCAGCGGCGCCGCCAGCGACGCGAGAAGGAGAAAGAGCUGCAGUUCCUGGAGGAAGAGGAGCAGCUCCAGCGGCGGGAGCAUGCCCAACAGCUCCUGGAGGAGGAGGACGGCCUCCAGGAGGAUCAGGAGAGGAGGCGAAGCCAGGAGCAGCGCCGCGACCAAAAAUGGAGGUGGCAACUAGAAGAAGAAAGGAAGAGACGCCGCCACACGCUGUACGCCAAGCCAGCCCUACGAGAGCAGCUGAGGAAGGAACAGCAGCUGCUGCAGGAGGAGGAGCUGCAGAGAGAGGAGCGCGAGAAGAGAAGGCGCCAGGAGCAGGAGAGACAAUACCCCGAGGAAGAGCAGCUGCAGCAGGAGGAAGAGGAGCUGCUGAGAGAGGAACGGGAGAAAAGAAGACGCCAGGAGCCCGAAAGGCAAUAUCGGGAGGAUGAGGAGCUACAGCAGGAGGAAGAGCAGCUGCUGGGAGAGGAACGGGAGAAGAGAAGGCGCCAGGAGCUGGAGAGGCAAUAUCGGAAGGAAGAGGAGCUGCAGCAGGAGGAAGAGCAGCUGCUGAGAGAGGAACGGGAGAAGAGAAGGCGCCAGGAGCGGGAGAGGCAAUAUCGGGAGGAAGAAGAGCUGCAGCAGGAGGAAGAGCAGCUGCUGAGAGAGGAACGGGAGAAGAGAAGGCGCCAGGAGCUGGAGAGGCAAUAUCGGGAGGAAGAGGAGCUUCAGCAGGAGGAAGAGCAGCUGCUGAGAGAGGAACGGGAGAAGAGAAGGCGCCAGGAGCUGGAGAGGCGAUAUCGGGAGGAAGAGGAGCUGCAGCAGGAGGAAGAGCAACUGCUGAGAGAGGAACGGGAGAAAAGAAGGCGCCAGGAGCUGGAGAGGCGAUACCGCGAGGAAGAGGAGCUGCAGCAGGAGGAAGAGCAGCUACUGAGAGAGGAACAGGAGAAAAGAAGGCGCCAGGAGCGGGAGAGGCAGUAUCAGGAGGAGGAAGAGCUUCAGCGCCAGGAGAGGAAGCGGCGAUACCGGGAUGAGGAUCAGCGCAGUGAUCUGAAAUGGCAGUGGGAACCAGAAAAAGAAAAUGCAGUUCGUGAUAACAAGGUUUACUGCAAACGUAGAGAGAAUGAACAGUUCAGGCAGUUGGAAGAUUCCCAGGUGCGCCACAGACAAUCCCAGCAAGAUCUGCAGCACCUGCUAGAUGAACAGCAAGAGCGAGAUCGUGAGCAAGAGAGGAGGCGCUGGCAGCAGCGCGACAGGCAUUUCCCAGAGGAAGAACAGCUGGAGCGAGAAGAGCAAAAGGAAGCCAAAAGGCGCGACAGGAAGUCCCAAGAGGAAAAGCAGUUGCUGAGAGAGGAAAGAGAAGAGAAGAGACCCCGUCAAGAGACAGACAGAAAAUUCCGCGAGGAGGAACAGCUGCUCCAGGAAAGGGAGGAACAGCAGCUGCGCCGCCAAGAGCGUGACAGAAAAUUCCGCGAAGAGGAACUGCGCCGUCAGGAACGAGUGCGCCGCCAAGAGCGUGACAGAAAAUUCCGCGAAGAGGAACUGCGCCGCCAGCAACAGGAGAGAAAAUUCCGUGAGGAGGAACAGCAGCUGCGCCGCCAAGAGCGCGAGCAACAGCUGCGUCAGGACCACCACAGAAAAUUCCGCGAGGAGGAACAGCUGCGCCAGGAGAAAGAGGAACAGCAGCUGAGCCGCCAAGAGCGUGACAGAAAAUUCCAUGAAGAGGAACAGCAGGUGCGCCGCCAGGAACGAGAGAGAAAAUUCCUGGAGGAAGAACAGCAGCCGCGCCGCCAGGAGCGCCAACAACAGCUGCGCCGAGAGCGCGACAGAAAAUUCCGCGAAGAGGAACAGCUGCUCCAGGAAAGGGAAGAACAGAAGCUGCACCGCCAAGAGCGUGACAGAAAAUUCCUAGAGGAGGAACAGCAGCUGCGCCGCCAGCAGCGCGAACAGCAACUCCGCCAUGACCGCGACAGAAAAUUCCACGAAGAGGAACAGCUGCUCCAGGAAAGGGAAGAACAUCAGCUGCACCGCCAAGAGCGUGCCAGAAAAUUCCGCGAAGAGGAACAGCAGCUGCGCCGCCAGGAACUGGAGAGAAAAUUCCGUGAGGAGGAACAGCUGCGCCAAGAAACGGAGGAAGAGCAGCUGCGCCGCCAAGAACGCGACAGAAAAUUCCUAGAGGAAGAGCAGCUUCGUCAGGAAAGGAAAGAACAGCAGCUGCGCCGCCAGGAGCGCGACAGAAAACUCCUCGAGGAGGAACAGCUCCGCCAGGAGAGGGAGGAACAGCAGCUGCGCAGCCAAGAGCGUGACAGAAAAUUCCGCGAGGAGGAACAGCUCCGCCAGGAGAGGGAAGAACAGCAGCUGCGCCGCCAACAGCGUGACAGAAAGUAUCGCUGGGAAGAAGAGCAGCUCCAGCUUGAGGAACAAGAAGAGCAGAGGCUGCGGCAGGAGCGAGACCGGCAGUACUGGGCGAAGGAGCAGUUUGCCACGCAGGAGAAGAGUCGUCGUCAGGAACAAGAACUAUGGCAAGAAGAAGAGCAGAAACGUCGCCAGGAACGGGAAAGGAAACUACGGGAAGAACACAUCCGCAGCCAGCAGGAGGAGGAACAGAGGCGCCGCCAAGUCGGGGAGACACAAUCCCAAGAAGGGAAGGGCCAUGGGCGGCUUCUAGAGCCCGGCACUCAUCAGUUUGCCAGCGUCCCAGUGCGCUCCAGCCCUCUCUAUGAGUACAUCCAAGAGCAGAGAUCUCAAUACCGCCCUUAAGAGAUGUUGCCAAUAUCCUGACACCUGCCAAAGCUUCGAGCACGGGAAAAUGAGAAACACUGGGUACCAAGUGAUAACCGAGAUGUUUCUGGUUGUGGGAAAACUCUCUGAUAUUAGAAUGUCUUUUCUUCCAAAAUCUUAAACUACACUCAUUUUAUGUACUUUGUACUCCUGCUUUUUAUUCUUCCUCAAGUAGUUCUUUACUGCAAGAUGUCUUUCUUUUGCUCUUUGAUGCAGAUGUGGUGUGCAUUUAAAAAAUAUAAAAAUCAUUUAAUUUGUUUAAGAAAUUUUGUUUGAGGAACAUGUUCAUUUAUUGCUUUGAGAAAUAACAAGAAUAAUAGGAUGAUUUCAGAUUCUAAACAAUGGGUUCGUUUGUUUAAUGACUGACCCAUCUUGUGGAAAGUGCAGAUACUUUUAAUGUUCAAGUUGCUAUUUCUUCUUGAACCUAAAUUGAUCAUUGCCUCCAAACAGCAUUUCAUCUUUUGUGGCAUGAUUAGCACAAAUUCCAGGUAACUAAAUUUUUAUAACCCUUGAAUAGUGCAGGGGGAGUGACCUCUGCAUAAAAACUUGCUGUGAAAUCAGCCCAUUACUGGAAGAAAUAUCUGUUAAGAAUAGGUUUAGCUUUGAAGAUUUAGAAUUCAAAUUAGAUUUUUUUUUACACUCAACUCCACUUAAACACAUAAUCUUAUGAAGAAAUAAUGAGGUGUUUCUCAAACAAUUUCAGAGUUCAAAUUUUAAAACUAUGUCUGUUGUAGUCUAUAGUGUUCAUUCUACUUCCCCAAGUUUUCAUGAGUUUGAGAAUAUUACGAACAUUUGUUAAUUUUAGCAUAUUAGAAGGAAGCUGCUCAGAAUCCCAUAAACAUCUGUCUUACUCUAGGGCCAAUAAGAGAUCACAUAGAGCAUGUUGGGGGUGUAAAAGGGAAAAAUGUGUGAACACAGGGGCAAAUAUCUAGAGGCCCUUUGAGAAGACCCAUUUGCCCACAAUCAUUUGAGGCCUAUUGAUAAUACCUUAGAUAUAUUCUUGUUGAAAUAAUUGGACUGUGAAAAAUUAAUAAUAAAAGUUUGGCAAGUAACUACUUUUGUCUGUUUUAACUCCAUCAAUCAUAACUCAAGAUCUCAUGGUCUGGAAACUAACACAAGUUCCCAAUCACAUAAGGGCAUUUUGUUACUUAU